UAUAUUUGAAGAUUCAUAUAUGGAAUUUAAUUUAUUAUUACAAAAAAGGAACUAUUUAUUUAAAGAUAAAAAUAAAUUCAAGUGGCAUAUCCCCCCAAAUCCAAAUUCCUUCUUUCUACAAAUAAUAUUUACUCUUCCUUGCAACUAAAACAAAACGACAUUUAACAACCGCCCUUUAUGACCAUCAAUAUCCCCACCUCCUCGCCGGACGAUCUCCGGUCACCCCUCAUCUUACCGGACGACAAAACCCACGUCGCCGGAAACAAUGAAGCUCCCAUCGAACGCCUCUGCAUCGACGACAUGUUACGCAAAUACUGCGGCGAGUUUGGGUAUUGGCAAUUCAAGCACUUCGUUCUCACGUGUAUGGGUUGGGCUCUCGAGGCUUUCCACACCAUGGUCAUGAUUUUCGCCGACCGACAACCGGACUGGAUAUGCGAACCGGAUUCCGACUGCGUUUCCGCCGCUGAUGUUUGUGGGCUUCAGCCAGGUACGUGGCGGUGGGACGGUGGUUCUGGGAUAUCAACGGUGGCCGAAUGGGGAUUAAUUUGUGGCCAGAAAUAUAAGGUGGGGCUUGUCCAAGCCUUGUUCUUCGGUGGCUGCAUGAUCGGUGCCGGAAUAUUCGGUCAUCUAUCGGAUUCCAAACUGGGAAGAAAAGGAUCUCUCACAGUAGUCUGCAUACUCAACGCCAUUUUUGGACUACUGACAUCUCUCUCCCCAAACUACUUAACCUAUGUCAUCCUCCGUAUUCUCACCGGUUUUAGCACCGGCGGCGUCGGCCUCUGUGCGUUCGUCCUCGCCACCGAGCCUGUCGGACCAUCGAAGCGAGGUAUGGCCGGAAUGUCCACUUUUUAUUUCUUCUCCGGCGGAAUCGCCAUCCUCGCCGGAAUAGCUUAUAUUUUCCGAACAUGGCGAGCCCUGUAUAUUGCUUCAUCGAUCCCUUCUCUCCUUUUCGUGUUUUUAAUCCUCCCCCUCAUCUCCGAAUCCCCCCGAUGGUACCUUAUUCGAGGUCUACCAGGUGAAGCUAUGAGCGUCAUGCGUUCAAUUGCCGUCACCAACGGUAGAUUUCUCCCGGAAAACGUGUAUGUUUCUCGUGACGAAGACGCUAAUCAUGGUGGUGAUCGGAAAAGUAACGAGUUAAGGUCGUGUGAAGCUGUGUCGGGAUCGGUGUUUGACGCGCUUAAAUCGCCGGUAACCCGGAUCCGUUUGAUUCUCGUCGUCGGAAUCAACUUCACUUGCUCUGUUGUCUACUAUGGUCUCAGUUUAAACGUGGUGAACCUGGAAACCAAUCUUUACAUGAAUGUGAUAGUGAACGCGGUGGCGGAGAUGCCGGCGUUUCUUUUCACAGCGAUUUUGAUCGACAGGUUUGGGAGGAAGCCGUUGGGGGUGGGGACGCAGUGGUUCAGCGGGAUUUUCUGUGUCGCCGGAAGUUUUUUGGGUGGAAAAGGGGCUUGGAAGGUGGUGAGAAUGGUGUGUGGUGUUUUGGGGAUCUUCGGGAUGGCCGGAACUUACAAUUUACUGUUUAUAUAUGCGAUGGAGUUGUUUCCGACGGUGGUGAGAAACGCCGCCUUGGGAUGUGCGACACAGGCGGCGCAAUUUGGGGCAAUAUUGGCGCCGUUUGUGGUGGUUAUGGGUGGCGGAUUGCCGUUUAUGGUGUUUGGGGUGUGUGGAGUCGUUGGUGGGUUUCUAACAUUUUAUUUGCCGGAGACUUUGAACAAGCCGUUGUAUGACACCAUGAACGGAAUGGUUGAAGGAGAGAAUGAAAUAUUAGCAUGAAUAGUGAAGACUAUAAUUUGUUUUUUUUUUCUUUUUGGUUUUUGUAUUUAUUUAACUAAUCAUGUGUUGUUUUUAUAGAAAGUUGUUCGUGUAACGUACAUGUAUAUUAAUCGGAAAAUUCGGUUUUUGUGGUUCCUAAAUCUUUUAUGAAGAGUUUGUAUGUCCUAGGAUA